CACACCUCCUCUUUUCAGGUUUACAUCUGGACUGAGCUUUACAACCUGCUCCCGUCAAAACCUAGUCCACCGUGGGUCCACAGCCCUGCUCAACGCAUUUACCGGCGGAAGAUGAGUACUUGGCUCUCUGCGAUUGUCCUGCAGCAGUGUAACAGUUAAAAUGAGUGGCGAAUGCGUUAUUUGAUGUGGUGUGUGUGGAGCCUGAGCCUGAGCAGUCCUCUACAGUGAGAAGAUGGCGUCGGACGGAGCGAAAGGGGAGCAGCCGCCUCCGCUACAAACACUGGUAACCACUGGCCAUGGAAGCGUCGAGGCGAAAUGCGAGCUGAACAUAGACAACCUGAGCAAACCAGAGCUCCUGACCCUUCUGAGCAUCAUGGAGGGAGAACUUGAGGCCAGAGACCUGGUCAUUGAAGCUCUUAGGGCUCGAAGAAAAGAAGUGUUCCUGCAGGAGCGAUAUGGACAGUUCAGUUUGACAGACCCAUUCCUCGCCAUGCAAAGGGACUUUGAGUCAGGGAUGGGGCCAAAGGACCGUAGGCCAGUCAGUGCAAGCCCCAUCACGGUGCUGGAAGCUGUUAUGGCCCACUGCCGUAAGAUGCAGGAGAGGAUGUCUGCCCAACUCUCAGCUGCUGAGACCAGACAGAAGAGGCUUGAAAUGGAGAAACUGCAGCUGCAGAGCCUGGAGCAGGAACACAGGAAGCUGUCAGCUCAGCUGAAGGAUGAGCGAGAGAAAAACAAACACGUGGUGAUGUCACUGGUGCAUGAAUGCAAGCAGCUAGCUGCUCGUGUGGUCGAAGAGAACCAGCGCUUUGAGGAACUUUCGUCCCGUACUGAGCAGGAUGGUCGAUCUGUGGGACGUCUGGAAGAAGAACUGGCAUCCGAACGACGUCGUAGCCAACAGAUGGAAGCGGAGAUGGAGAAACAGUUGGCUGAAUUUGACACAGAGCGAGAGCAGCUACGUGCCAGGCUUAGCCGCGAGGAGACUCGUGCUGCGGAACUUCGGGCUGAAAGUGAGAAUCUCCGCUUGCAGGUGGAGCAGCUUAGAACUGAAAGAUGCAAAGAUGCCCCACCACUGCCUUCUGUUACCCCAGCAUCUGUCCCAGUUAAACCCAAGGCUAUGGUGUCCGUGGCUGUGGGCACUGAGGCAACUGUUUGCAAGACUGUCUCUUCUCAGACAGAUGCACCGCUGGAAAAUGAAGGAGCUAAGAAAGUGCCACUUUCGAUCCCUGUCAAACCCAGCAGCUCCACGUAUGCUAGCAUGAACCUACCUAAGACUUCUAGUGCAGGACGGGGGCUACACCAUGGGAGCUCACAGGCAGAAAAUGGAGGAGACGGUCAAACACAUCUACAUGGUUCACAUUCACCUGGUGUAUCCUCUACCUUGCCGACUGGGGUCAGUCCCCGCGUCCAGGCAGCCCGUUACAAAUUCCAACCCUCUGCCUCAGAGCAGGACCAAAAUGGAACCGCCAACCAGAGCCCCCCGUCCCGUGAUCUGUCCCCCACAAAUCGAGACAACUUUGCAGCUAAACAACAGGCUCGACACACAGUCACACAGGUUCUCUCCCGCUUCACAAGUCCUCCAGCAGGGGGACCCCCUGCAGCCCUUCGGCCUGGUCUGCCACAUUCUACAUCUGAGGGGGGACCCUUCACAGGACGCUUAGGCCACCCCCAGAUAGGCCUUAAAUCACCAACUGUGGCCCGAAUCGACAGGGGUAAUCCACCCCCGAUCCCACCAAAAAAACCCGGACUGUCCCAGACACCAUCCCCUCCACACCCACCAAUUAAAGUAGUAGGUGAAGCUAGCAGGUCCCCAGGAACAGGACUUGCCAAAUCAGCUACCACCCCUCAGCUUCCACCAAAACCCUCCUUAGAUAUGGGUGGUACAGUCCCAGCCUUGACUGCGUCACAGGUGGGUGCAUCCUGUUCUGGUUGGCCGUGGGGGCAACAGCCAACAGCAGCAUGUGUGGAGUGUCCCCCUGUCACCACCUCCUCCACAGCUACCAUUGUCAGUAGCCCCUCCAUAAACCCAUCUAGUCAUCCAUUCCAUAGCCCCCAGCACCCAGGCAGCCCCCUGGCAGCAGCAUCAGGCUGGUGUCCCUCCAUAGUCCCCUCGCUAACCUGUGGUGACCCCGUCCCCCUGGAUGACGGGCAAACCCUUCUCCUCCAAGCUGCUUCCCAGGGAAAUGUCACUUUAUUGUCUAUGCUGCUUAACCAAGAUCCACUAUUGGAUAUUCAUCACCAUCAACAUGAAUUAACCUCUGCCUUGAUCUCUGCUGCUCAUAAUGGACACACAGACUGCUUAAAUCUGCUGCUGACUUCAGGAGCAUCUGCUGAUGCUGCCGAUGAAACAGGAUUUUCACCGUUACACGCCGCCACUCAAAAUGGCCACCAUGGGUGUGUGAGAGCUCUGGUGAACUGUGGUGCUGAUUUGGAGAAGGAGUGUUCGCAGGGAAGGACCCCGCUGUACCUGGCCUGUAAACAGGGACAUGUGCAGUGUGUGAAAGUGUUGUUAGACGCAGGAGCAGACCGAACACACGUUACCACUGACAGCUGCACAGCUCUGCACGCUGCAGUCAGUUCAGGUCAUGUGGACACUCUGAAGCUCCUGCUGCACCACCCGUCAUCUGAAACAGACCAUCUGAACGUCCCAGCAUCUCCUUCAGACCCCAACCAGGAGCUCCAGAAGUCUGACAUGAGCAAGGCAUGUCACAUCCUCAACCACAGUAACCAGGAUGGCUGGACUGCCGCCCACAUUGCUGCAUCCAGGGGCUACAAGAAAUGCCUGGAGGUUUUGUGUAACCACAGUCAACAGAACAUGGAGAAGAGGGACAAAUGCAACCGCACCAUACAUGAUGUUGCCACAGAUGACUGCAAAGACCUACUAGAGAACCUGGACUGGUACACAGUGGUUGUACAGGUGCUCAUGGGCUCGCCGGAGCGUCUUUGCCCUGUGGAUCUCCUGGAAGAUGGCUGCACUCUUGGCAAAGUUACAGUUCAUUGCCACACCAGCUGGGAGGAGCUAACAGGAAGCCUGAGUCUCCUGCUGACCAAUCACCUCCAGCUGAUUUGUGGGAGCUGGGAACUGCAAGACGUUCUGACCAGAGCUGACACUUUGGGCCUUUCUGCCAACAGCAUAGCCUCCGUGAUUAUAGGUGAUGCUGUUUGGAUGGUGGGGCAGGAUCUGGCUCAGUCUCCAUGGGAUCUCGUUCGCAAGCGGCUGAGUCAACGGAUCACUAUACGCCUUAAAGGCCUGUCAGAGUGUGCUCUGGAUGAGAUGACGUACGACUCCCUGAUCUCCGUUCAGCUGCUGCAGAACUACGUCCGCCUGGUGGAACAGUACCAUAAUGUUAUCUUUCAUGGGCUGGAGGGAAGCUUUCAGGAGUACAUCGCCAACCAGAUAUCUCAUUAUAUCAAGCACAGACAAGAGGCUCAGGGGAUUGGAUGUGAUGUUGUCAGGGUGGAGAUGGAGGAGAACCUAUCAAAAGAGCAGCUGUUGGAGACCUUCAUUAACUGUGGGUUCCUGGUGUCUCUGCAUGAAGGCAGCGCUGGCCGUUGUGUUGUGGUGGUUCUGGAGGGUCUGGAAAGAGCCCACUCGCUCAGCCACAUCCUGGGAGAUCUGUGUGAAGCCCUGGAGAACCGAGGAUCUGUCUACUCUCUCUCCCUCAGCCAUGGUCAUGAUGGGCUGUACUAUUUCCGGGAAGGGAGUUUCUUGAUAGGAACUCUGGCCAAGCCUCGUCUGCAGGGUGCUGAGCUGCGAUUACAGCAGCACUUCCGCUGGGUUCAGCUGCGAUGGGACAGCGAGCCCCUCAAUGGCAUGCUGGGACGGCAUCUGCGCAGAAAGUUGCUCCACAAGACUCAGGGCCAGUGCUGGACAUCUGAUGAUCCUCUACAGAAAGCUCUUUCUUGGGUUUGCUCAGUGUGGCACCAGCUUAAUGCCUGUCUUUCACGUCUGGGGACCUCAGAGGCCUUGCUGGGACCCUACAUCUUCCUCUCCUGCCCUGUGAAUCUGGAACAGACCCAGGCCAUUCCCAAGUGGUUGGUGAGGCUCUGGAAUGCAGUGAUCGUUCCACGAGUCGAGGACGCUGUUAUAUUGAGAGUAACAGCCAAACGCUCUCCCUCACAGCGACGGUCUCCCAACAGCAAAGCUCUGAGCCCAGGCCAGAGAGCGGUGGUCAAAGCAGCUCUCAAUAUCCUGCUCAAUAAAGCUGUUCUGCAAGGCUGCCCACUGCCCAGACCAGAGAUAGACAGGCUCUUGCCAGAGCUCCAGGGAGGAUGUUUUUCUUUUUCCGCUAUUGGCUCCGCCUACAGGAAAAGUGGAAGAAAAGGUGCUUGGAGACGAGCCAAUACAAGUCCACGGAAAAAAGAAUGCCCCGCCUCUGGGAGGAGCUCCAGCUGCUCUUUUAGAGAAGGAUCUCUAGCCAAUUCAAGCUCUCAGUUGAUGACAAAUGGCAAUCAUGCGAGUGGUUUGACUCUCUGCUCUGAUGAUGAGACGGAUCUCAUUAGAGAACUCCAAAGCAUGUGCUCUAGCAAAUCAGAGCCAGACAUAAGCAAGAUUGCUCUGUUCAAAGAGGACUUCAUCAUGCUUCCAGACUCGAGUUCGGCUUCUCCUCUGGGGACUGAUGGCGAGGUCAACCAGCCCCAAACACAUUCGCGUACAGCAGACAGAGCUGUGGAUAACACAUGUCCUCUACCACAGCAGACUGACAGUGGUCAUGCUUCUCCUCGGCGAGUGACGAGGCCCAGGUCCCAUCUACCUGUCCCAAGCAGCAGAGGAUCUCAGCAGAUGAUCAGCAGCAGCUCUUCCCUUCAGAGUCACAGCAGAGCCUCCUCCAGCAGCAGCAGCAGCAGAACAAGGCAGCCCCCGUCCAACAACACAAACAACCUCUCACAAGACCACAUCUGGUUCCUGGACCCCAACUCUAAUGAAAACUACAGCACCCAUGGAUAGACUCCGCCCACUGCCCUCCCUGUGCCCUCAGCCUGUCCUCCCCCUCAGUUUAGUGAAGUUAGGUUACUGGCAGCAUUUUAGUAUUUGUACAUGUUGUCCAUAAUUGUUACACUAUAUUACAUUGUGUACUUUGGGACCAUAGUUUUAAUAUAUUCAACUGUUUAAGAAAAAAUGAAAAUAAGAAAAGGACUGCUUGAACACUUUACAAUUUGCCUUUUAGGUCAAAUGUUUUGGAUCAAAGUAAGAGCUAGUGGUCUUUUUGCUCUUUAGUAUUUUCAAUCAAUUGUGUAUGACGUUUAAAUAAGUGAAAGGUGAGUUUUAAAAACUGUCGAAAUCAGGGUUUUACCAAAUAUGUGUAAAUAAGAACCGGGAACUGAAAUGUUGUAUAGAUUAUAGUGUGUGUGUGUGUGUGCGUGUGUGUGUAUGUGUGUGUGUGAUUUUUGUGCUUGUACAUUGGAGGAAUUUUGAAGGGAAAAUGAGAACUGUAUAUAUUGUUUGUAAUAUUAAAUUUGGGUUCAUAUUUUUUCACUCGUUUCCAAAUGAACUGAAUGUGGCAAUAAGUACCGCCAUCACGAACACAGGAUAUUUCGUUUUUGUCCGUUAAGCCAUAAUUAUUAGUAUUUUAAAUUUCUCUCAUGCGUGCUCGGAUACUUGCAUCGUGAAGCCUGACUAAUCGGAAGCAGCGCACAUUUAAGCAUUUUCGUUUGUCUCCUGUAUUGAACACUUAGGAUAAUCAAGUAUUCUUUUCAAGUCAGUAUUGUUUAUAUGUACAGAAGAGAUUAUAGUUGACCUCUGAUGUUUAACUGUAUUAUAGUUGUCGGACGAGGUUCAGAGAAGUUGUCCUGUUUCCUCCAAGCACAACGAUUAAAAAUGCACUACCCUAGAAA